AUGAGAUAUCAUUUUGGGCUUUCCUUUUUAUCCAUUUUCAUUUACAUUUCCAUAUUUUACAUCUUCAACCUCUCUCCUUUCUCCCUCAUCAACACCACCAAAUUCUGGUUCUUAGUUUCCAACAGUCUCAUUCUCAUCAUUGCAGCUGAUUUUGGUGCAUUCUCUUCAAGAAAAGAAGCAGAUUUCUAUGAAGUGUAUGCAAAAAAUAGCCAAGCAAAUAGCAUUCCAUCAUUGGAAUCACAAUACUGGGAAAUUGUCAAGACAAGCAUUCCACCACAAAAGGAAGAAAAUUCACAACAAAGUCAAGAAAAAAACAAAAAGGUUUGUGUUGCUGUUGUUCCCAAGAGCAAAUCCUUGGAAAAUGAAUUAAAAGUUAUUGUAAAAGAUGAUCCAAACCAGUCUAAUGAGAGACUCCGAAAAAAGAUGUCAGAAUUCACUCCAAAAGCUGAUAAUCAUGAAGCUUGUAGUGAAAAGAAAAAUGAAGCAAAAUACGUUCGUAGCGUGUCUUGUAAAGAUUUUCCAGUUAAAAACAUUGAAAACAAAAAUAUUCUACGCAGGACAGAGUCCGAAAAGCAUGAGCCAGAUGAAGAAGAAAAUGAGUUUGUAACCAUGUCCAAUGAAGAACUCAAUAGAAGAGUUGAGGAGUUCAUUCAAAGAUUUAACAGGCAGAUUCGACUUCAAGCAGCUCAAAACUGA